AGCUUUAAAAGCCUUGUAAUCAAUUCACCAAUUCAAAUAAAAUUCAUCCGACCGAAAUUGAUUGAAUAUGCCGCAUCAAGCUUCCUGCACUCGUGCUGGUGAAUUUUCUAUGAGACCUACCCUUCUUAUCUUUGGUCGUACAUGUCACCGCUACAUCUCUUCUGUUUGUGAAAAAACAAAAGGGAAUUACACUUUAAAAGAGGAGUGCGCUAAUGACGAAAAACUUGUACGUCUUACGUACGUUCUUACAGAUGAUAUGCUUUUAAAAAACUUUUCAUUUUGAAUUAUGCGAUUUCUUUAAGAGAGAGAUUGAUGAAAACUGAACAGCUUGAAAUAUGCUUGAAUAUGUGCAUCGAAGAAAAGAAUGAAUUCAAACUGAUUGCAAAAAAUGUUCUCUGUAAAGAGAGCAAAUUUUAAAAAUUUUGAUAAGAAUUUUUUUUCAAGUUUAUUACGAGAACUUGAACUAAUUUGUUCACUUGAUUUAGCCAGCAGCAAGCUUAUCAUCAUAAGAUCAAUGAGGCAAAGGCAAAAACUAAUACUUCAUUUUAAAAUCCAUGGAAAGCUUAGUUUUAUAUAUUUAUUUCACCCGUGAAUAUGUUACAAAAGCGCUUACUAUUUAUAUGGCUUUUAAAAGGAUUGUUUAUCGUUCUUCAAUUAAGUCGAAUACAAUGUGAACGUAGCCCGGCCGUUAUGCAAGCUGAAGCGACAAAAGAUCGACUUCAAAAGGCUCAAGAAAUGUACAAAUAUAUUAAUCCAUUAAUAGAUCCGUGCAGUGAUUUUUAUGAGUAUGCUUGCGGUAAUUGGCUACAACAUCAAUAUACAACUUUCGCGAAGCAAAAUGAUUUAAUCACUGCUCAUCAACAAAUGGAACUGAAAGUCAAACAACAAAUUCAAGUCUUACUUGAAGAAUCGAUAACUUCGCGCGAUUCAAUGAAUUUACGCAAUAUUAAGGACUUCUUUAGAUCAUGUAAAGCGGCGGAGUCUUCUUCGCCAUUACAAAAGAACUUUGUGCAGGAAUUUGUGCGAAAUAAUGGUGGUCUACCGGCGCCAUCAACGUUCCGGAAUCAUUGGCAAGAUAAUUACAACUGGUUGGAAAUUGUUGCUCGUUUACGUCAUAAGUACGGCCUUAAUAUAUUGAUAAGUUUGGAAAUUCAAAAAAAUCUUCAAAGAAGAUCGCAUUCGAAUAGCAUCUAUUUGGGCGAACCCACGACUAUCUUAUUACCAAUGGAACUAUGCAGUUCCAUAGCUAUUCAAGAAGAAUUUGAACAUAAUCAGCAACAAUACGAGAGUGUACAAGAAAUCGUUAAAGAAAAUUUGAAAUUGUGGCUCGAUCUAAGAAAUCCGGAAGCAUCACGUUUAGCUGGCGGUAUAGUACGCUUUGAAUUCGAGCUAUGCAAGCAUAUGAAAGAGGAAACCGAAAAUUCUCCAAAUCGACCGAAAUUAAGAGAAAAUCAUUUGCACGGCGUCCACCAAUACCAUACAAAGCCUCCAUCAAAUCUAUUACAAUUAAGUCAAAUUUAUAACUUAACCCUUAAACAAUAUGUAGACAUUUGCUUGGAUGAUACCUUACAGACACACGCUUUUUUACGUUCGGAAAAGUAUUUUCAACAUUUAGCUCAUAUGUCGCGAACGUGGCCAGUGCAUUCUUUCGCCUUCUACAUUAUGUACACGGCCUUAGCAGAGAUUAAUUUCCCACGCCAAGAGAAACCUAGUCAACGCACCAUUUCCUGUAUAAAUAAAGUGAUGAAAUAUUUUCCAAACUUUGUCGGAGAUCUUUAUAGAGAAAAGCAAUGGCGCAAAGAUAUUGAAAGCGAUAUUGAGGAAAUGUACCCCCUAAUAAAAGGAGCUUUUCAGGCUCGUCUUGAAUUCGAUUGGAUGUAUAAAUCUGCCAAAGGUUCUAUUCACCAAAGAUUACAUAAAAUUCAACCGACACUGUACGUGAAAGAAAACACUGAAAAUGCAAUGAAUCAAGACAUACAGAGUCUAAACUAUUGGGAAAAGUUGGAAGUCGUAAUGGCUCAUAGAUCCAAUCAAACACUAAGAAGUAGUGAUAAUAUUUUAGAACCUUUUGCUGUUGGCAUGGGCUUUGAUCCGUUAAACGACAAAAUACAAAUUGGUCUCGGUUUACUCCAGCCAACGUUUUACUCGCAAUACUAUCCCUUUGCUAUGCGUACGGCUCUCGUUGGCCACUAUUUGGCAAGAGAAUUAGUGAAUAUUUUACAUGAUUGGCAAAAUGAAAACUUUCACAAUCAAAGCGAAUGUUUUCGCACGCAAUACAGUAACUAUUUGUACAAUAAUCCACAAAGCUUCCAUAAUUUCACCAGAUUUCGAGAAAUUGUGGCUGACAGCGGCGCGUUAAAUAUCGCCUUUCUGACCUAUCUAAGAUGGCUAGAAAACGUGGACCAUAGAAGGAAUCCCGAUGUUCUUAAUUACGAGACUCUAGCUGAUCUUAACUUUACAAACACUCAAUUAUUUUUCAUACAUUUCGCUCAAACACAUUGUGCUGCCAGGUACCAAAUGAGACCAACACCAAAUUUCUUCCCAUUGGAUCGACACACUUGGGAGCGCUAUCAAGUUAACGGUCCAUUAAGUAAUAACGAAGAAUUUGCUCGAGAAUUCAAUUGUGAAAUUGGUAAAGACAUGAAUUUAGAUGAUAAAUGUGUUCUAUAUUAAAGUCGAAUUGAAAGGCUAAAUAUGUUGAGAGAGGAGCGGACGAGUGAUAAAUGAACAAAUAAAAAAUCAAUAUUCCAUUUAGAUUGCAAUAUCAUAAUAUUGGGUAGAGAUAAAGGAAAGCUUUAAUUUUUACUAUUAAUUAUGGACGAAUAAGAUUAUGGGAAAUUUAGUUUAGAUUCUUGUACGGAUAUGCGUAUGGUAGAACCCCGAGCGUUGAGUUACAAUAAAAGAGAAACAGAAAAGGAAGAAGAGAAGGAAGUAGGUUUGAUGAAAAGAUGAAUAAAAAUCAAGAGAAACACAAGAGGUCGCUUUUCGACAGAUACGACUACAGCGAAAGGGGAGGGAGGAAACGUUGGGAGUCAGAAAGACGAGGAUUGGAAAGCAGAAUUAGUAGGAAGCAGAUGGUGGGCAGAUGAACAGGAUGCUGAAAGGGAAGCGAAAAUUGACGAAAAAGGAGAUAGGUCGAUAGAAGAACAAGCAAGCAAUAGAAAAUAUUGAGAUAAAUGAAUUGAAGGAAAGAGAAAAGUGUGCACAGACAAAGAGACGCCAAAAUGGAUAGACGAGAAGGUAGAGGAAUGAAAAGAGAAACAAAUGACACAACCUAAGAAUUGGAGAGCCGACGAACGCAAACAAACAGCAAGACAGAAUAACAUAUACGCUGAACAAUGAUUUCAAAGAAGAAUAGAAUGAUUGUAGGAUUGAAAACCAAAAAGAUACUAUGAAAAAACAUUAUAAUAGGAAGAUGGACGGACCAUUUUUUAUCUAAAAAUUGAAUAAU